AUGGCUGGGAGUAGUACAACGAUUGAUGAUAACGUCUCCGGGGCGAAAAAUGGCUUUCAACAUCUCAUCGCAACACAGGACAACUCAGUUGAUUCAGAAUGCGAUCUCUACCAUGGACAAUGGGUUCAUGAUCCGCGUGGGCCAUUGUACAAGAAUGAUUCUUGUCCUAUAUUGACUCAGGCGCAAAACUGUCAAGGGAAUGGAAGACCUGACAAGGACUACGAGAAUUGGCGGUGGAAACCGGCUCAGUGUGAUCUUCCCCGGUUCGAUGCUAGGAAAUUCCUUGAGUUGAUGAGGGGAAAAACCAUAGCUUUUAUUGGAGACUCGUUCGCUCGAAAUCAAAUGGAGUCAUUGCUAUGCAUUCUUUGGCAGAAAACCACGGAUCCAUUUGAUGAAUUAGAAAAGGUUCACAUAGAUGUUCCGGAUGAAGGGUUCGUCGAAUUGAUCCCUCAUUUCGACGUAGUAGGAGGCCAUUUGUGGAACUCCAGCGGAGACCAAGUCAAUGUCAACAACCUAGAAGCUCUACGGAUAUCAUUCGAUACGGAUUGCUCGCAUUGGUGCACCCCCGGUCCAGUUGAUACUUGGAAUGCAAUGGAAGAAUACGCUCUGCAACAAUCUCACACUGAUCUAAUAAUCUUCCUUAUUGAGUGGACUAAGAAUAAAAGGUUUUUGGUCAGAGCAAGUUGGACUGUUGUCUUACUUGAUCUCCUGAUGCAAGUUGCCGGAAAAAUGUAA